GCAUCACUCGGUCAGCGGGUAGCGUAACAGACGAAGAACCCGGAAAGGGUAGGGGGCGCUACGAUCGUCGAACAGAUGCAAUAGGUGUCGCUAUUGUAUCGGUAGCUCACAACGACGACGGCUAGAAACUAUCGACCCCGCAUGAAUUUACCAUGUCCAACCGGUCCGACCCCGGUUCCGAAUCUAGUCGUUUGUCUAGUCGUAUAGCUGGCUACAACUGGUCGUCAAUCAACCCCGCUUGAAAUAGCACAGCCGACAGCGGGGUCGGUGUCUAAGCGUCUAGCAGCCAAAAUAUAAGCGAGCAGCACAAUGGCAAAUGCUGCUCAAGAAAAAGCAGAAGAAGCAGGAGCAAUAGAUUACCCACUGCUGCCCUCGGUGCGUUUUUCUCUGGUGCUUCUGGUCGGGUUCGGCGCCGGUAUCAUGCUCAUCACCCGGUUCAACGUCAGCAUUGCUGUCGUCUGCAUGGUGGACGGCACUGAUGCCGAGCCAGUCUCGCCCGAGAGUUUGGUGACGUCAUCAGAGAAUAACGUGUCGAACGGCACUACUGGCGCCACCGUGUGGGAAGAAGGAGAAUUAGACAAUGGAGUGCAGAGUGCAGUACAGCAGGGUGAGUUCCAGUGGGACAAGACGUUCCAGGGCCUGCUGCUGUCCAGCUAUUUCUACGGCUACACAGCGGCACUGGUACCGGCUGGGUGGCUGGCCGACAGGCUCCCGGUCGUGACGUUGAUUUUGGCCGGUAUCGCCUCCCAGGGCCUGUGCACCCUGGCCUUUCCUGUCGUCGCGCGCACUAACGACUACCUCCUGCUGGCACUGAGGGCCUUCAUGGGUCUCUGUUGCUCGGUGGUUCUCCCGGCCGCCACGGUGUUCAUCCGAAACUGGAGCGUGCCAGUAGAAUACGCCACGGCGUUCGCGGUCUGUUUCUCGAUCCAGUACCUGUUUGCCGGCGCCGCCUACCCCAUAUCCAGCUCCAUCUGCCAGGCGGGAGGCUGGCCGCUCGUCUUCUACGUCACAGGUGCCCUACCACUGUUGUGGGUGGCGAUUGCCUCGUUCGUCCUGACCAGCUCCCCCGAUGACAGCUCCAUCUGUUCGGAGGACGAGAAGCGCUACCUGGCGUGCAAACGGCUGUGCAGAAUCGAGUCAACCAAGUCUUUUUCGGAUAAAAGCGUCCAGCGACCGGCCACGCCUCUCUGGGCGAUCCUGACAAACGUGCAGGUGUGGAUCAUCGUCUUCACCUUCUUCAGUCACAGCUGGUUCUACUUCGCCCUCAACAUUACACUGCCGACCUUCCUGAAGGAGACCAUGGGCGUCCGACUGACAGAGAAUGGAAUUCUCUCGGGUCUUCCCGUGAUGUCCAUGACGCUCGGCGUACUGGCUGGAGGGAAAAUAUUCCAACAGCUGCUCACCAAGUGGCACUUCACUCGCACGAACGCCCGCAAAACAAUGGCGACAAUAUCGAUGGUUGUGCCAGCCGUGCUAUUGGGCGCCAUCUUGCUCAUACCGCCUGGGAGACCCUACCUGACCAUGGUUCUACUGGUCUGCAGCAAUACCAUCUCUGUCCUCUGCGUGUCGGGAGGUCCCCUGUCCGCGGGCCCCGACAUCGCCCCUCAGUUCGCUGGGGUCAUCUGGGGCCUCUCGGGGUCCAUUGGAAACCUCACCGGGGUCCUGGCGCCCACCGUGGCUGCUGCGAUGACACCUAACAAAACGUUGCAAGAAUGGCGGUACUUCUUUUUGAUCGCAGUUGUCAUGAGUAUCGCCAUGGACGUCAUCAUCUUACUCUUCUGGAAAUCGGAAAUACAACCGUUCGCAAAAUCCGAUAACGAUCUAAACGAGGAUAGAAGCACUAUCGAGGCGUAGUGUUUGUUUUAGAAGUGCCAUGCUCUUGACUGUGUUCGGUCAGGGUAUAUCACGUUGUGAAAAAAUAGACUUAGAAUGUUCUGACGGUAGUGCCUAUGUUAUGCAUCUCAUAGUUUCUGCAGGUCAAUCCGUUAAUACGUUCAUCUUAAGAUGUCGGAUUUGAUUGAGCCAGGAAGGAAACCAUGGUAGAUCCUCUUUUUGUUGACAUUCGGGCGACGAUAACUUUUUUUCGACGAUACAACUUGGUGCAAAACGGCGCCACACUUGCAAUACACAUGGUAAAAAGA